GCCACAGCUUGGAUGUUUGAGAGGAAAAUACUAAAUACAACACUACGCUAGUUGAUAUAUAAGCACAUAUACCCGUGGCUGCAUUGCGAUUUGAAAAAUAUUCGAAUGUUUUUAUCUUUUAGAAAUACCAAUUUCCAUUCUUUAAAUGUUUUCACUUGUUUCUUAAUUUGGUGUUGAUAAGUCUGUGUUAGUAAGACUUUGUUGGCUCUGUACGCGACGCGCAAACAGAGACGAAAGUAGGUAUUCCUUGCAUCUGAACCGUGCCGUCUCGAGAAUCGGGAGAAAGACUCGAGAUGGGUCCCACAAUAUUUGAUUCAACUAAAGAAGAAUGUCAUAAAGUUUUAAGGAGAAUGGAGCUAGAAACCUAUGGGGCUGUUGUGUCAACAUUACGAGCUCAAGGAGAACUUAACAAAGAUAGAAGAAAACUAUUAGAGGAUUUAUCUGUGCUGAUGAAGAUAUCACCUGAGAGACAUAAAGCUGAGAUACGCCGGGCAGUAAAUGAUGAGAAGCUUGGUUGCAUUGCUGAACGACUGAGUGGUGGAGCAGAUACUGAAUGGGCUUGGGCACUGGAAGGUAGGAGAGUUGUUCCUCUUAUGCCUCGUCUGGUUAGGCCCACCCUUUUUACAUCAUUAGCUACAAGUGUUAGCAAAGCUGUAGCUCAAAAUCCAAGGAUUUGUCUUAAUCAAACACCAAUCACCAACACUGAUGAAGCAUCUUCCAAAUAUGUUCGUGACCCUGAUGAUGAAGACACUUUGUCUCCAGUGAUGGUUCCUAUUGCUAGCCCUGAUUCAAGCUGCCAUAGCAACAACAACUUUGAAUCUGAUUUCAUGGAUACACCCAUUGAAAAAAGCAUUCUAAUUAGUAACACAGCUGAUGUCGAGAAGAAGCCAGAAAUAUUGUCAAAAAAAACUGUUAUUCCUGUUAAUCCUACUCCGGUCAAAAGGCCAAGAUCCCCAUCAAACCAGGUUGUGAAUUUCUCUGCCCCGUUACCCAAAGUAAGGGCUGUGUCACCUACUUGUGUGAGACCGCAGCAUAAAUUAAGUACUGCAUCUCAGCCAUCACCCCAGCAUAAAAUAAUGACAGCACCUCAGCCAUCACCCCAGCAUAAAGUGAUGACUACACCCCAGCUACCAUCACAGCAUAAAGUAAUUAGCACACCUCAACCAUCACCUCAGCUUAUACCAAGAGGGCAGCAAAUCACCACUCCAAUACGACCACAGCAGCAUUUAUCAAACCCGUCAUCGCUACCCGUUAAUACGGGGAAAAUACGUGUACGAGCACCCAUAGUUCAAGCUAACGCUCAGCGGCCUUCCAUCACUGUGCGACCGCCGGUACCUCAAUAUGCUCAGGUUCAGCUCAAUCAAGCAAGGCCCGUUACAAACAAUGCAGGCGUAAAGCAAGUUGUACAAAUUCGUGCUUCGUCCUUGAACCAGCAGCAACAAACGAUAGGCUCGUCGAAGGAAACAAGUAUCCCGCGUUCUGUACAAACUCACACACCGGUCACGGUACAAACGGUGCCAAGUGUGGCCUCGAGCAUUGGCAAGCAGCUCCCCGGGAAAGCCAAUGUGAUUGUGUUACAUAAAAACUUGCCCAUGGCUAAGACCAUAACUACGGUGGCCAGAGACGUAGAUCGAAGUGGUUCUUUGAACAAGAACAAUUUCCUACCAAAGUCUGUAAGCACACCGACGGGGACAAAAGUAACAUUUCCUAACAAUGUUCGCAUUAUAUCAGUCCCAAGCGGGGCGAAUGUAGUGAGCAGUGGUAGUGGAAUCGCUGGUGUCAAUCAUGCAACGCAAAAAAUUGUAUCAACGACCGUUACGGGAGGAACGACACAGAAAAAUGUUUACGUUCUUGAACUAAGUAAUGAAGCCGUGGGUAAAUCGAUCAUUCUCGGCGAUAUUAUGUCAACUGCUGCAGCCACGGAACUAAACGGAGCUUCAGUGAAGACACCUAUUGCUACGGUUACCGAUACAAAAGGAGCCCAUGAAGCGAAAGUUGAUCGUGAAAUUCGCAAUGAAAUUCUUAGUUACGAAGAAGUAAACGAUAAUGGGUUUAAAUUUAAAGCUGCAGACGCCGUCACCGCCCCACUGAGUCAUAAUUUCACUCCCUGUAACGUUCAAUUUCCGACACGAGAAAAUCUUGAAAAAAAUGGAGAACAUGCAGUCGUUUGUGCGACUACACGGUUGGUAGAAGAUGAUGGAGGCAGCCGUGAGGUUGCCAACACAACUAAUGUGGAAACAAGCAUACUUGAUCCCCACACAGGAGUAAUCUAUGCCAUAACAGACGAGCAAACACCUCAACCUUCAUUGGAACAGUCUUCAGUGGACAUUUUCAGUACGGCGAUUGCGUCGGCAGAUAUAAACAUGGAGGCGGCGGCAUACAGCAGCGAUGAAAAUGCCGGAAUCACUCGAUUGAUUUUAACCGACACGUACGACAGUCCGUCAGCGAAAUCAUGAUGCGCUUUUGUUUGGUUGUGUUUGGUUUUCUUUUUUUGUCCGGAAUGGAAGUACCUAUAUCCCCCACCCCCGCCCCCUUGUAAU